UGAUUGUAGCGUUGUAAGCAUAUAUAAUUUACAUCGUGGAUUUAAGUUGUGGACGCACCACACAAGCCACAUCACACACCCGAAAGUGCCACAAUUCCUUAUCAUUUAUUUCCGACCUCCUAAAGUAGAUCCCAAACUUGAUCCAGUACCAUACCCUUCAUCAGACGACUACCUGUGCAUUAAAAACCACAACGCAUAAAACGAACGAAGCACCCUUCUCUCACGCACAUCACUCACACAACAACCAAAUCCCAGCCAUGGAUGAAGCCACACUUCGCAAGCUCUCCCGCGCAGAGCUCCAAAAGCUAGCCAAGGAGCACAAAGUGAAAUCGAACUUGAAGAGCGUGGUGAUCAUCAGAGAGUUGGUAAAACUCUACGAGGCUGUUCCGAUAAUUCAAGACGAAAACAGCGAAGAGCCUCCAAGAAAGAAGUCGAGAUUAAGGGGAGAGAGUCCCUCAACUGCUGGGCCUUCGACAGGAAUCAUAGAGCAGGCGAAGGACGUGAGGGAUGUCGUGCGCGCCGAGAAGGGGCGACAUGUGCGAUUAGAGACUAUGAUACUUCGCGUACUGGAGGGAGAUCUCGCCCGAAUGGCCAAAAGAACGAAGAAGGCGAGGAGGAUCAGAUGAGGACAGAGCGGGUGCAAAAGGCUAUGAAAAUGGAGCAGCUGCCCCUCCUACGGAAGUCGAGCAGCCAGGUGGACGUGUUAAUCGCCUGCCUUCGCCGCAGUUAAUCGCCAAUGGAGGAGCGGCAAAACGAAAACAUUACGCUUAAAACAUCUGCGAUCACUACAAAAAAUACCUGUGUACCCCGGCUCCAGUCGUUAAAUUGGUGUGUGGUUGAACGUAGUAGCCAUUUCCUUGUCUAAUUUUCUACAUAAUAUAAAUGGAAAUCAUGGUUGUCACGGUGCCG